UAGGCCAUAUAGUAUAUACAAGUAAUAGCUUAGAUAGCACCAUUCUUGAUUCUCGUUCAGUUUAUGUCAGCUCAGAUACCACCUUAGAAUGUAGAAUUAAUCACGAGAAAAAGGAAAUUAAUUUAAAUUUAUGUAAACUGAAACUGGUUAUAAUAUGACCUCACCUUGACUGGGAACUAGAUAGGAUUACAAGCUUUUCAGGGUGUAUGCCACCUGCUGGAUAGGCUUAAACCAAAACAUGUAAUAGUAUGAUACCAUGUUAAGAUCAGAUGAAAACCAACGAUGCAGGUAUCCAGAUACCAGGAGACAUGGAAAUGGAUAGCAGUCUAUGAGGAUUUCAGUGAUGCUGUUAUUCAGUUUACGGUUGAUGGUUUUGACAAGGGUGGGGACCGUAUACGACUGGAAGAGCGGAUUAAGCUGCGUCACCUCCGUCAGCUGAUGCAUCAGUUCAUGAUUCAUAAGCCACACAUCGACCCGGCCAUCCUCACAGACAGGCUACAACUUCACCGUCUGAAGGAGAGGCAGCCUGCCGGAUGCAUGAACCUGAAGGAGUUCAAGCUGACCAUCUCACAGGUGAUGAAGACUAAUGACUAUGAGGAGUACGUGGAAAAACUCUUCACAAAGCUGGAUACAUCAUGUGAUGGAUACGUGGAUUGGAAUGAGUUUUGCACUUACAUGCUGUUGUUAUACAGAGAAAACGACUAUCUGCGGACAAAACGAGAAAUUCCAUUUAUCACAGAACCCAAAAUUAGGCACAUCGUUUACAAUAGGCAAGAAUCUACAUCUCGAAUUGUUACUGUAGAAAACCCAUACAGAUAUGUGGCAGUCAGUAAGGAAGGAGCUGUGACUGUUUGGGACGGCCAUCUGCGCUUUGACAAAGUCUUCUCCAUUGAUGAUGAAGAAGAGGACUCACGGUCUGCCAAGAGAAGGUUCAAGAUGUGGGUGACUGACAUGGUGUACAUGUCUAAUUGUCACAAACUGGCCAUAGCUUCUACCAGUAGAGAUAUCAGAUUCUAUGAUGUCACCUCUAACCAGUACUUUGAGGAGUUUCACCUCUUUGCCAUGCCAGAUGUCCCUUAUUGUAUGGAUUACUGGUUUGACAAAAAUAACAAAAGUGGUGAAUCUUUACUCGUCUUUGGUACAGAUACUGGAGAUAUUCAUAUCUUGUACUUCACUAAACCCAUGUCACAGCUCUUUGACUCACCAUUUAAAAGAGAUGGAGGAACUAGAAAGAUAUUUUACCAGGACCUACCUCAUCACAGCCAGUGGGUGAGACAGGUGGUGUGUGAGAAGGUUCACCCAGAGGUCAUCUGCAAGGUCAAGUAUAUUCCUGACAGCGAGGCAAUAAUAUCAUCAAGUGCCUCCCCAAAGAAUUCUCUAGUCAUCGCUGAUAUACAAGGGCUCAAGAAAAUCUACAUAUUUAAACUUGACAAGGGUGUAGAAAACUUUGAUUACAACAAGAGUCUAAACCUGCUGGUCACUGGUUCAUCUGACCACUACGUAAGGUUGUGGAACCCCUAUGUUACCAGCAAGCCUGUAGCCAUACUGACCGGUCAUGCCACAGGAGUGAUUGAUGUUGUCAUACAUGAAGAUCUUAACCAAGUCUUCAGCUACUCAAAGGCAGCGGUGUUGAAAGUCUGGGACAUCAAGGAACACACAUGUGUACAGACAGUAGUUGUGAAAUUUCCCAGCAGUAUCCACGGACGGAUGCCAGAGCACGGUCAGUUCCCACUCCACCUGGAGAGGCGCCCCCAGCUCAGCUGUCUGCUUCUCACCUGUAAUGACUACGUGGGGCAGCUCAAGCUGGGAAAAAGGCCAGCACCGGCCAGCUUUAUGCCGGUCACACAUGAUACUCAGCUCUGUAGUGCAGUGUAUAAUCCUCUCUUUAAGCAGGUCGUUACAGGAUGUGACUCAUCCACAGUAGCUGUAUGGGAACUGGAGACAGGUAACAAGUCUAUUGUAUUCUCCAACGCUCACGGUGAUGAGGAGAUUACCUGUAUGGCGUUUGAUGACUCAUGGCGAAGACUGAUCACGGGGGCCAGGAAUGGCACAAUAAAGGUGUGGAAUUUCCAGAACGGUCACAAUCUCCACAAACUAGAGCCUGUAUCCGAGGCAGAAGUCACUGGUAUUAUAGCUCUUCUGGAUAAGAAGUCAAUCUUAGCGGUAGGAUGGAGCCGCCUGCUGGCUCUGUAUGAUGAUUCGGAUCUUGAUAACAUGUAUGUGAAGGCGCGUAGUCACUGGAAGGGUGGUCAGUUACAUGAGGAUGACAUCUUGACCCUUGACCACUGUCCACCACACCUUUUGGCCACGGCCAGUUUUGAUGGGGCCAUCAUUGUGUGGGAUGUAGACACCGAGAAGUGUGUGGUCCAGCUACGAAGAGGACGCGGGACCAAAAUCUCUAAAGUAGCCGUUACGUCAGACUCUGACAUCGGGAGUCGACCAGACUCUACCUCAUCUCGUCCUCAGUCCAAAAACUCACGUCCAAACUCAAGACAUUGUAAAUCUCACCGAAUUGAGAAGGGACAGCAGGCGCCUGUGGACAAGGUACUAUUUCUGCGCGGGAGGCUGGCUGUGAGGUACACCGAGAGCGCUGUCCUGGUCUCCAGUGAAGGGGGUUACCUCAGGUUCUGGAGUCUGUACACUAAUAAACAUGAACUGGGUUAUUUCUACGUCCCUGACAGUGCGGAUCAGUCCGUGCUGGCCAUGUGCACCAAACCUAACAACAGUAUACUGAUAACCGGGGACACCCAGGGGAAAGUCAAAGUGUGGGACAUCAUGGCGUACUGUAUCAAACCACAGGACAGGAGAGUGAAGACACCACCCCCUUUGGAAGCCUCAUGGAGUGCACAUGACAGUGCAAUAGUGAGUGUGGAGUACAUAGAACACGACCAUGGAGUCUUCAUCCUCACGGCAUCCACAGACAAGACGGCCAGACUCUGGAGCCUCCAGGGAGAAUACAUUGGUACUUUCGGCCAGACAAUGGCCUGGAAUUUAAAAGUGCAGACCACAUGGGGUCACCCAGGCACUCCGUGGACCACCUUGGAUGAUUCCAAAAACAAAGGUGUUGAUGUCACUGUGAACACCGAUAGUCGUGAUGAAGGUACUCAGUCCAUCCCAGUGUCAGGUGUCCCUCUGAUCACCCAGGUGGUGGAUAAGGGUGGGGAUCUGGAUAUCCCUACUCUAGAGAGAGGAGAGACACUGACGUCCCCACUCCCCACCUCAGCCAGGUCUCUCAUCACCCCAAUAAGUACAGCUAUGCUGGACACAAAGGUUUGUCAAACUACAAUCAACUCUGCACCAGUGCGCACCAGUUUGCAUGUACCUGCUGAUCUUCUUAAGCACACCUACAGAUCUCAGACGUUUGCUUUUGGCACCGGACUUCAGGAUUGCAGGAAGUCAUUCUUGGGGGUGAAGGUUGACCGUGACCUGGAGAGGAAGAAGAGAUACCGUCAGAGUCGCCGUGGACAGUUCGGUGCCAUCAAUUCCUACCAGACUUCACGUUUUGGUCAGCUUUGUUCUCCUUACCAGGCCCUGACAACACCUAAUUUAGAGAGUGUUGAUUUACCGAGAAACCUGCCAAUGUCACAGAGAAUGAUCAACCGUGGUUACACCUCUGAGAAUCUCACACAGGAUGAUCUCAAGGUCAUGGAUCUCUCCUUCUUCCCAGAGACACCAACAAAAGACGAGGAGCCAAGACCAUCCAAGAAAUCUUCCACACCUAGGAAUUAUUCAGAGGAAAAAGUGUACAAGAAGCUACCCGCCAUUAAGUCUGCUACGUCAAGGCAGCCUUCACAUUUACAUAACCAGAUACUUGCACUUCGCAAACAGUCCACCUUCAUUUGAACUUUGGUGUAAAAUUAGUUAUGUGUUUCAGAGCUUCCGCCAGACGUUGACUAGCCUAGGCAUUUGGCAUAUUUAUAUCAAUAAAUUUUACUAGGGAAUCACCUCAUCUAAGGCCACGAGGUGGUGAGAAAUGCCACAUCAUUUGUCUAAAAGGCAGUUCUCAGGGCAUCAGUGAAGGUACUGAACUGAUGUACUGUCUAAAACCACAAGGUGGCGAGAAAGACCACAUCAGCCUUGCACAAGGCUCUGGAGGGAAUCAGUGAAGUUUAUGUGCAGAUGUAACAAGCAAAACAAGUUGGUGUUGAAAAAGGCCACCACAUCCUUGCACAGGGCAGUUUUCAAGGUCAUCAGUGAAUGUGAUAGCAGAUAACAUCUAAAACUACAAGGUGGCGAGAAAGACCACAUGUGAGCUGACGUGACAUCUGAGACCACAUCGUGUGGAGAAAGGUCAGAUCAUGCACCCUGGCAUAAGCAGUUCUCAAGGGCAUCAGUGAAGGCCGUUGCAGAUGUGACAUUAGUGACCAAACGCCUAUUGAGCAAUUCCACAUUAACCUUGCACAAGCUAUUUCUCAGUGAAGGUCACGAAUAGAUUGUGACAUGUGACACGUGACACGUGGUGUUGAGAAAUAGCAAAUCAUUUUUCCACAAAUUAGUUCUUGGCGGCAUCAGUGAGGGUGGGGAGCCAAUAUAACAUGUGAAGGUUUAUAUUUAUGUUCAAAAGUAUUAAACCUACCUGAAUGUAUUGGAUUUCCACCGUGUGACAUGAUUCUAUCAGACAAACAAAUACAACAGCUAAGGUAUAAAAAUUAGAUUUUGGAUUUCCAUCCUCAACCUUUCGAAAUGUGUAAAUCUUGUUUCGUUGAUGGAUUAAUUUUAUUUCAAAUCUCCUUUAAGGAAGAAAAACUUGAUUAAACUAUAUUGCCAACCUGUGAUAUGCAUGAAUUUGUGUAAAGACUAAUCAGAAGUCUUGCUAUAACAAGGAAUAUUGUUAUCAUUGUUUUAAUUCAUAGAAAUUCUUUGUAACUACGCAAUUUAUGAAUGUACAGCAUCUUUGACUGUGAUAAAAUGAUUGCCAAAUGGUUAAUAAGGUGUUGUGUGAUUAGUCUGACAUUAUGUUUAAUGAAAAAUAAUCUGUCCGCUAGAUAAACACACUAACAUUUGAUGUUUAGGAACAGAAAAUGAAAAAUCAUGACUCCCGAUAUCACUACAUUAAUAUCAUCAGUACAUAACGUUUUCCAAUCUAAACGUCAUAAUUGUGACAAUCCUUCCUUGCGAUCAACUAUUAUCAGGCCAUUCUGUUUCCCUAGAAUAACACCGCCAGGUUGGACUAUAUUUGCGGUAAAAGUGUCUACAUCGGCUGUAUCUUUGGUAAGAGGUGUGAAGAGGCACAAGGCACUUGAUGAUUCUGGUAGUUCAGAUCAGCCUUCAUUACAAAGUGUACUGGUAUGUUCUCG